ACUAAGAAUGCGAAAUUAUUGUUUGAUCUAAAACUAGUUGGGAUGGACAGUUUCAAAUUUAAGUGAAUGCAAUCCAAGACACAAUCUAAUUAACCAACUGACAACGAAAACCAGAAGUUUUUGAUUGGUAUAAGAUGGGUCUCUGCUUCUCGGGUGCUCCAUCACUCCAUUCCUCUUCACUCAAUCGCCCUCACUAUCCAGGUGCAUCAGACAUUCACGGUAGCAACGUCGAAUUCUCCGAAACCACCACAACUACUGAGAUCAGAAAGCGCCAGUUUUCCGUGAGAGAAAGCAUUUACAGCGAUUACUCUCCUCUUCCUUUUACCCAUGGUCAAAUUCUAAAAUGGCCUGAGUUGAAGGUGUUCAGUUUUGAGGAGCUGAAAUCUGCCACAAGGAAUUUUAUGUCCGACAGAUUGGUCGGUGAAGGCGAGUUUUGCAGAGUUUACAAGGGAUGGUUGGAUGAGAACACCCUCACCCCCGCCACACCAGGCUCUGGAGUUGAAGUUGCCAUCAAAAUGUUCAACCCGGAAUGUGAUCACGGGUUUUCACAGUGGCAGUCUGAGGUAAACUUUUUAGGAAGGCUUUCUCAGCCCAACGUGAUCAGGUUACUGGGAUACUGUUGGGACGAGGAUCAGUUUCUUCUUGUGUAUGAUGAGUUCAUGCCAAACGGAAGCCUCGAGUGUCAUCUCUUCGAAACAAGAAAUCAUAGCACGGAGCCACUUUCUUGGAACACCCCGCUUAAAAUAGCUAAGGGUGCAGCUCGGGGAUUAGCUUUCUUGCACGCCAACGAAAAUAAAGUCAUAUUCAGAGAUUUCAAUACCUCAAAUAUACUUCUCGACGAGAAUUACGAUGCAAAAAUAUCAGAUUUUGGCAUAGCUAAAUUGGGACCAUCAGAGGGACAAUCACAUGUAACUACCAAGCUCAUGGGCACCUAUGGUUAUGCUGCUCCAGAAUAUGUUAUUAGAGGGAAGUUGUAUGUGAAGAGUGAUGUGUAUGGAUUUGGUGUGGUGCUUCUUGAAAUACUGACAGGCUUGAGGGCACAUGACAGAAGAAGGCCAACAGGGAAGGAGGACCUGGUUGAUUGGACAAUACCUUGUUUCUCAGAGAAGUUGAAAAGCAUUAUGGAUGGAAGGAUAAAGGAUCAAAUUUCACCCAUGGCUGCAUUAGAAUCAGCACAACUUAUUAUGAAAUGCCUAGAGCAUAUCCCUGAACUACGUCCUUCAAUGGAACAAGUACUUCAGGGAUUGGACGCUAUUCAACAUAUCCAUUCGUGAUACCCAACCAAGAUCUGUAAUUAUUUUCCUUCUUAAUUUUUACUAUAUUGAAGUUUGAAAGACAAAAUAAUAUUUAUUCA